AUGGGCCGAUUGUACGCUGUUCUGUUGGUGCUGCUAGGUACAGUUUUGGCGCCACCAGUGCGAUGCGAAACGCGCAAACAGUUCCACAGCCGAUAUUCGAGCAGUUUGAGCACGAGCCGAUCGAGCAGUGCCCCAUACCUGAAAACGGUACCGUUGCGACUGUUGAGCUGCCUCGAGCACGUUUCACUCAUUGACUGUGGCAAGCUGUACCUGUUGCAGAAUAUGGAAUCGCGGGCGUACCGUUUUGCCAACACCGGCAACAUCACGCACGACGUGCAGCAGGUGCUACUGCCCAGCUAUCGAAGCGCGGACAAUAAACUCUUCAGCGAUCAGCUGCUCGCGCUAAAUGCUAGUGUGGUGAACGAUCGGCUAGCACGCGGUUUGCGGUUGCUGUUUAACGAACGCAUCAUCGAUCUUCAGCUAGUGCCGGGUGUAGCCGUACGGCUCACGCCGAGUGACACGAACCUGCUCGAGUUCUCCGUACGCAAGGGUAUUGUGGCCGUCGAGCCAGAAGUCGCGGGGCGCGACAAGGCAAAGAAAGGCAUUCGAACGGUGUUGCAGCUGAGUGUGCCGCUCGUACUGCUGCCCUCGAUGCUGUUGGCCGGUGUACUACCGAUGAUACUGCCCGUGCUCAAGUUUGCGACCAUCUUCUCCAGCAUUGUUAAUCAUGCGGCACUUGCCGCAUCUAUCAUGUACUUGGCGAAACAGCAUGCCGCAGAACAAGAGAGUAAACAAACCGUGUACUUCAAUGCCGGUUACAACUAG